CCUCAGUCUCGCCGAGACCGUAGCGCGUAGCGUAGCGAAGCUCGCGUGUCGGAGGGCAACAGCAUCCUGACAGCCAGGACCCGCUGCUGCAGCUCACGCCGACGUGCAUCUCGCCCAGGACGCCGCCUCCAGCUCCAGCAUCCCAGUCCCCAACAGCUAGCGCCAUGUCGGUCGCCUUCACAGACUUUGAGGAGGGGAUGAUCGCCUUCGACCACGACGACCCGGACUUCAACGGCAACGUCGUCCCGACCAUCAACUACAACAGCAGCAGCAACAGCUACAUCGUGACGCCGGCGACGUGCCGCUCAUACAGCAGCGUCGGUACAGUACUAGUGUCGUCCCCAAUGUCAAUCGCACGAGUGGAAACCAUGAGGAUGUUGAACAAGAGUCAAAGCUUAAGCUUAAGCAGCAUCAGCUCUCUUGACGAUGCCCACAUUUCAUUCUCUGUCGCCAACUCAGCAAACUCAACUGCUUCUGUACAGGAGCCUGUUGUUUCAAUUGAGGAAUUGCGCUUACAGCUCAACUCAUGCUUCACGUGCGGUGUAAGCUGGCAUGAAGAUCAUGUUUCAUUGGAUUGUCAGGAGUGUGGAGGAUAUUCCUUAGAGCGACCAUGCCCUCGUUGUGAUGGCCGCUGUGGAGGUACUUGGAAGCGAGAUUUAACCAUGUCACAUGCCUCUGGUAAGGCAAGAUGGGAAGGAAAGUGCCUUCAUUCAACAUCCACACAGAUGAUAAAGAAUUUGGUUUCAGAAGAUGAGUCCCACCUAUGUUCCAGGCUGGAGAAACUUACUGCAAGCUCAUGACAAAUUGAUGUCUUGGCUAAGAAAGAGACUGAGUGUGAAUGAAAUGAGUGAAUGGUUUGUUUGAAUGAAUGGUAUUUCUGUUACUUAUUGGUAUGGAUGUGUGUGAUAUGGAGAAAUGGGGAACUGAUAGAGCUAUGAAGGGAUCAAUGAUCUAGGAGUUCUCCUGGACUAGUCCUAAGUUUGCGGGGUAAAUUGUUUUGUGACAGCUUUUACAAACACUUCAGCCACAUCAAAGAUGUUGUCUGAUGUGUUCUGGUAAUUAAAUUGUCAGGGAAGUCCUAAAUAAUAAUUUAUGGCAAUUAUGAUAGAUAGAGAAAUCAAAAAUAACUUGUGUAUCCUAAAUUUUAUUUUAUGGACAGAUUUCUUUGUUGACUUUCUGUUUGGAAAGGACUCUGGCAAAAUCACUCAUUUUUGAAAAUGUUUAUUUGACCUACCCACAUCACCCUUUAACUUAAGUUAUUCUUUUUCAAUAAAAGGACUAGUCAUUUCUAAUGUGUGGUCCUCCUAAGAUGUUGGCUUUUUAUAGAAAAGCAGAAAAUUAGAAUUCUGGUGCGACCUCCCCACACCUUAAACCAACUAGGUAGUUAAUCGUAGGUAUGUAUUUACUAGACUUAUUUUAUGUUCAAGUGUACCUGUGCAAAUGUGGGGAGGAUCUCAACCUUUUGCCCAUUUUAAUUUAUUAUUCAUUGUCACCAUGAGAUAUUGGAUAGAUGAUGUUUUUUUGUAUAAGAAAAAAGACACAUCAAUCACUAAGGCAUUCUAUUUAAAAUAUUGCUGAUGAGUGAGCCAAUAUUGCCGUAAAAUGAGCUAGAAACAUCGAGCUUCAGCUCUAAUUUUUUCUACUUUUUAAACUAUAUGUGAAAUUAAGAGAAUGUGCUGCUUACUGUACUUAAAAGUCAAGUAUGUGAUCUUUACUAAGAGUAAACUGAUUAGAAUAAUUAUUCUGUUUUUAUUAUUGUCACUCUAUCCACUACCUUUGUGCUGAUAAGUUAGGCCUUAAUUGAUGUAAUUGUGUAGGUGCCUAAAAUAUUAAAUCUAUUACUUACAAAAA